AUGGAAGACGUAGCGAAGACCGCAUUUCUAAGUCACAAAUACGACCUGGCUGCACAGAUAUACGCUAGUGUGUUAGUCGAGCACGGUAAUAAUGAUCAGGAAUUGUGCCUGUGCCUUGCAGAUGCUCUGGUUCGUUCUGGUAAAUUGAACGAAUCGGUGGAUGCUUAUCUUCGCGCUACACGGAUAGGACAUGUAUCACCAGAAAGGCUCGUUCACCUUGUUACAGGAAUUGUUGACACUGAAUGUAAACACUUAACUUUAUUUACAAGGCAUCGCAAACGGGAUCGUGACACUCCGUCCGACCUUGUUUCGUGUUCUAUGUGCAACGGUCUGAUCCAUGAACCGGUCACCAUACCGUGUGGCCAUACGUAUUGUAAACAGUGUGUCAGUCAGAAGCAGAAGUCACAAACAUGUGGACUGUGUAGUACUCACGUAUCCAAUAUCGAGCACUCAACUUUCAAGAUCAACGUAGGAUUGUCUCGGGUAUUCGAGAAAUUGUUUUCAGAGGAGACAAGGUCACGUAGGAUAAGAGCUGAAGGUAAUCGGUUGUUUGCAGAUGGACAAUUACAAGCUGCUUUAGAUAAAUAUACAGAGGCGAUUACCCUGGUACCAACUGAACAUUUACUGUUUAGUAAUCGUUCCCAUGUCUAUGCAACUCAAGGCAAGUUACAAGAAGCCCUUGUUGAUGCAAAUGAAGCCUGUAAACUUAAACCAGCCUGGCCAAAGGGCUAUUAUAGAAAAGCUACUGCUCUGAUUGGUCUCGGCCGAUACCAAGAUGCGGGUGUAACGCUAUUGCUGUGUCUAGCAGUAGACCAUAAUUAUAUACCAGCAAAACGAGAACUCGCUAGAGUGCUACAUCAUAUUUUAUCUCCAGCAUCAUCAGGAAAAGAGAGACCUGAACAAUCAUCUAUCACUGGUGAUUUGAAUUCACAGCACAUUGCUAUCUCUGAAACCAUUUACACAAUGAUACAAAUGGCUAAUUCUGAAGUUGAUAAACUCAAUGAAGCUGAAUUCACAUCUUUCAAAAAUAGAGAAAUUGAUAUGGAAAAAAUAGAUAAGGACGACUUUGAAUGCAGCUUAUGUUUUCGUUUGUUGUAUGCACCUGUGACGACUCCAUGUGGCCAUAUGUUCUGUUGUCACUGUUUAGACAGAUGUCUGGAUCACAGCAAUCGAUGUCCUUUAUGUAAAGAUUCUUUAAUUGAAUAUCUUGCUGAAAGAAGAAAAAACAUAACCGUUGUCAUGGAGAAACUUAUAAAAAUGAUUUUCCCAAAUGAAUAUGAAGAAAGAAAGAAACUACACGAUUCUGAAAUGGAAGCAUUAGCAAAUAUAAGUGAAAUCCCUGUGUUUGUUUGUACAUUGGCCCUACCAUCCAUUGUUUGCCCACUACAUAUAUUUGAACCAAGGUAUCGUCUUAUGGUUAGACAGUGUAUGGAGACUGGGGCAAGGCAAUUUGGAAUGUGUCUUCCUAAUUCUGAUGAAAAUGGUUUUGUGGAUUAUGGGUGUAUGCUUGAAAUUCGUGAUGUUCAGCAUAUCCCUGAUGGUCGUUCCAUAGUAGAUUGCAUUGGUGGAAGGCGGUUCAAAGUUCUGGAACGUGGGAUGCGAGACGGUUACCAUACAGCUAAAGUAGUGUUUAUUAAAGAUGCUAAAGUUGAAGAUGAAGAUGAAUUGCAGCAAUUAAAAUCACUUCAUCUUGAGGUUUAUGAAGAAUCAGCUAAAUGGUUUAAUGGAUUGAAUCUAAUUAUUAAACACCAGAUCCGAAAUCAUCUUGGUAAUAUGCCGGCCUGUGAUGAUGAUCCACAAGAAGCGACACAUGGUCCUAAAUGGACCUGGUGGUUAUUAGGUGUUCUUCCACUAGAUAGUAACACUCAGAUGGCUGUACUUUCCACCACAACACUGAAAGAACGACUCAUUGCUUUACGUAGAGCAUUAAAUGAUGUCUCCAGUCAAGGUUCCUGA